CUUCCACUCUUCCUUUUGACUCACUUCAACUUCUCCUUCUCCUCCUUCUUCUCUCUGCUUAAAUCUUUAAUGGCGGAACUCAAACCCUAAGAUAAUUGCAGUACUUGUGGUUCUAACUAUGUAUUAUAGUUUCAUUAUCUUCCAGUCCAUGGAGUUGCAGAAGCUCUUCUACUACCUGACACUGUUCUUUAUCGCUCUUCUCGCCGGUACAGUGUCUCCGGCGGCACUUGACGGAGGUACGAGAGAUGCUCAACUGUUGCUUUCUUUCAAAGGUACGAUUUUGAAACCAGGAGUGUUACAGAACUGGCAACGGAAUCUGAAUCCAUGUUAUUUCACUGGAGUUACUUGUAAGAACUCGAGAGUUUCGGCUCUGGAUCUGAGUUCUCUCUCUCUUAACUCCGAGUUCCAGUUUGUUUCUUUGUUUCUGAUGAGUUUGGAGCGAUUGGAGAGGUUGACGGUGAAGAAUGCAAGUAUUGGCGGUAACCUUACUUCGGCUUCGGCGUCCCGGUGUAGUACACUGUUAGGCGAGCUCGAUCUGUCGGGGAACUCUUUGUCUGGUUCCAUUUCGGAUAUUUCAAGCUUGUCUUCGUGUUCGGGUUUGAAAUCUCUGAAUCUAUCUCACAAUUCCCUCAGUUUUUCUGUCGGACCAAAGGAUUCCGGUGGGUUACGGCUCAGUUUUCAGGUUCUGGAUCUCUCCUACAAUAAGCUUUCAGGCCAAAACGUCGUCCCUUGGCUUCUUGCUGGUGGUUGUAAUGAGCUCAAGUACUUCUCUGUUGGGGGAAACAAAAUUUCUGGGAAUAUUCCGGUGUCGAAUUGCCGGAGUUUGGAGUAUCUCGACGUCUCGUCCAACAAUUUCUCAGGGGAAGUUCCGUCUUUUGGCGGCUGUUCUGCGUUGCAGCAUCUGGACCUUUCCGGCAAUCAAUUUUCCGGCGACAUCGGCAUGCCACUGUCCAGUUGUCAGCAACUCAGCUUCUUGAAUAUUUCCAGUAACCAAUUUUCAGGCAACAUUCCAUCUUUUCCCAACGGGAGUUUACUGUCUCUUUUGCUCUCCGCCAACAACUUCCAGGGCGAGAUACCUCUGCAUCUCGCUGAUGCAUGGUCAACUCUAGUCGAACUCGAUCUUUCUUCCAAUCACUUGCACGGUACGGUUCCUUCUAGUCUGGUUUCUUGCUCUUCAUUGGAGUCCAUUAAUCUCUCCAAUAACAACUUCUCUGGUAAAUUCCCAAUUGAAACCCUCGUUAAAAUGACUAGCUUGAAGAAACUCGUUCUGUCUUACAAUAAUUUUGACGGUAGUUUGCCGGAUUUGUUGUCAAUGCUCACACAUUUGGAGUUAUUAGAUCUCAGUUCUAAUAGUAUUUCUGGAUCAAUCCCUCCGGGACUGUGUCAAGACUCCAAAAACAGCUUGCAUGAGCUUUAUCUGCAGAACAAUCUCUUCACGGGUACCAUUCCGGCCACUCUUAGUAACUGUUCCCAGCUGGUUUCGCUUGAUCUCAGCUUCAAUUACCUUACAGGGAGGAUCCCAUCCAGUUUGGGAUCCCUAUCUCAGCUCCGGGAUCUAGUAAUGUGGCUUAAUCAGUUUCAGGGUGAGAUUCCGCCAGAGCUCAUGUACAUCCAGACACUCGAAAAUCUGAUCCUAGACAAUAAUGAGUUGAACGGAACAAUUCCUGCUGGCUUGAGCAACUGUACCAAUCUGAACUGGAUCUCACUAUCGAGCAAUCAGUUGAGUGGCAAGAUUCCAGCAUGGAUUGGUCGGUUGAGUAACCUUGCAAUCCUCAAGCUUGGAAACAAUUCAUUCUCUGGCAGUAUUCCGCCGGAGAUUGGAGACUGCCAGAGCCUGAUAUGGUUGGACCUCAAUAGCAAUCACUUGACAGGGACAAUCCCUCCUACCCUUGCAAAACAAUCAGGUAAGAUUGCUGUUGAAUUGAUUACGGGGAAGAGUUUUGUGUAUCUGAAGAACGAUGGGAGUAGCAACUGCCGUGGAGCUGGAAACCUUCUUGAGUUUGCUGGAAUCAGACAGGAUGGGUUGAACAGAGUUCCUACUAGGCACCAGUGCAACUUUACUAGAGUCUACAUUGGUAAAACGACAUACACGUUUAACAACAAUGGCUCCAUGAUUUUUCUCGAUUUUUCCUACAAUAUGUUGGAAGGUAGCAUUCCAAAGGAGCUUGGGAACAUGUUCUAUCUCUCAAUUUUGAAUCUGGGCCACAACAACCUCUCUGGUCCUAUCCCUCCAGAAAUGGGAAGAUUGGGGAAUGUUGGGGUUCUUGAUCUCUCUCACAAUAAGCUUGAAGGGUCAAUCCCUAAUACCUUGUCUGGUCUUACUCUGCUUUCUGAGAUUGAUCUGUCAAACAACAACCUCUCUGGACUGAUUCCUGAAUCUGGCCAGUUAGGAACUUUUCCAGCUUACAGAUAUGCAAAUAAUUCGGGCUUAUGUGGUUACCCACUUCUUGUCACCUGUGGAGGAGAUCACAGUACGUCCAAUCUCCAGCAUCAUGCGUCUCGCAGGAGGCAAACAUAUCUGGCUGAAAGUGUGGCAAUGGGCCUACUAUUCUCCCUCUUCUUCAUCUUUGGUUUGAUUCUUGUUGCUGUUGAAAGCAGGAAGAGGAGGAAGAAGAAGGAUGCGUCCCUUUCGGAUCUCUACAUUGAUAGCCGAUCACACUCAGGCACCGCAAAUGUCAGUUGGAAGCUCACUGGUGCACGGGAAGCACUGAGCAUCAAUCUGGCCACAUUUGAGAAGCCUCUUUGGAAGCUCACCUUUGCUGAUCUUGUUGAAGCCACCAAUGGUUUUCACAAUGACAGCCUCAUCGGCUCAGGUGGCUUUGGGGAUGUGUACAAAGCUGAGCUCAAGGAUGGAAGUGUUGUAGCCAUCAAGAAACUAAUCCAUGUUAGUGGACAAGGUGAUCGAGAAUUCACUGCUGAAAUGGAGACCAUUGGGAAGAUCAAGCAUCGGAACCUUGUCUCCCUAUUGGGAUACUGCAAGGUUGGGGAAGAGCGGCUCCUGGUUUAUGAGUAUAUGCAGUUUGGAAGCUUAGAAGAUGUUUUACGUGAUCGGAGAAAGGCUGGUAUCAAGUUGAAUUGGGCAGCGAGGAGAAAAAUUGCCAUUGGAGCUGCAAGAGGUUUGGCUUUUCUACACCACAACUGCAACCCCCACGUAAUCCAUAGGGAUAUGAAGUCAAGUAAUGUCCUUCUUGAUGACAACUUGGAAGCCAAGGUAUCAGAUUUUGGAAUGGCAAGGCUUGUGAGUGCAAUGGAUACCCACCUGAGCGUCAGCACACUUGCAGGCACCCCAGGUUAUGUCCCACCCGAAUACUACCAGAGCUUCAGAUGCUCCACCAAAGGUGAUGUUUACAGUUAUGGUGUGGUCCUCCUUGAGCUGCUAACUGGUAAGCAGCCAACAGACUCGCCUGACUUUGGUGACAAUAACCUAGUGGGUUGGGUGAAGCAGCAUGCAAAGUUGAAAAUAAGCGAUGUCUUCGACCCUGAGCUCAUGAAAGAGGAUCCAAGCUUGGAGAUGGAGCUACUACAACACCUAAAGGUUGCGUCUGCUUGCUUGGAUGAUCGGCCAUGGCGACGACCCACAAUGAUACAAGUGAUGGCAUUGUUCAAGGAAAUUCAAGCAGGGUCAGGCAUUGAUUCCUCGUCCACUGAUGCCACCAUCAAUGGCAGUUUCACAGCAGUGGAGAUGAGCAUAAAGGAGGCUCCAGAGCCAUGCAAGGAGUAGUAGCAGAUAGAAUUAAGCAUUUUUCACAAUCCAAAUGAAAAAAAAUAUAUAUAUAUUCUUUCAGAAGAAAGGUACCCAAAUUUUUUCCCCCUCCCAUGUAUCAUUUAAUGGAUUAGGUAGUCUUAUUGUAUCUUUUUAAAUCAAUCCCAUCAAUGUAUGUAUCAUAUUACUCCUUUUCAUUCUGUUUAGGGAAGAUUUCUGUCUUAGUAAUGUUUAUACACCAAGUUAAUUUUCGUUAUCUUUUCUUUUGUGGACUUUGUUAAAUGUAUAUGUAUAGUUGCAAAGGGUUCAUGUUGGUUUGAUUUUCAAGUUUCAAGUUUCUCUGUUUCUGGGA